AUGCCAGAGCAGCAGCAGCAGCAGCAGCAGCAGCGGUGGCUGCCUCUAGAAGGUACCCCUGAAGUCUUGGGCCCCUACCUGGUUGCUCUGGGGGGCCCCCAGGCCCCUCCUGCUGAGUCAGGGGCCCCCGAGGGGGCCCCCCAGGGGGCCCCCCGGGGGCGCCCCCAAGGGGGCCCCCAGGGGGCCCCCCUGCUGCAGGUUGAGGACUUGGUGGCCCUAGAGCCGUGGGCCCUGGACAUGCUGGAGUGUACAGACACCGUGGCUUUGCUGCUGCUGUUUCCCUUGAGCGAAAGUGCUGCAGCAGAAGAGGAGCUGCUGCCGCAGCAGCUGCAGCAGCAGCAGCAGCAGCACGAGCAGCAGAUGCAGCAGGAGCUCUGGUUCGUCAAACAGUCAAUUUAA